UUGUCCCCGGACGCUUUUCAAAGUUGCAGCUCAUCCAAACCGUGUUUUAUGGAGGAAGUGGUGUAGAUCGGGACAAACGCGAGCCGCUAUCGCCCCCUACAGGCCGGAUGACCUGCAGCGCUGCAGAGCAACAGGGGGUCCAAUCGGAUCUCGGGACCUCCCACCAGGGUGUGCUCAGGUUUUCAUUUGCACCAGACAUUCCUUUAGACAUUUGCUUAUAUUUAACUUGGCUCAGUAUCCCUUGAGAGCUCAUAUCAACGUACCUGGGUUUGAAAACCCCCACAAAAAACAAAAAAACAUUCAAGGUUGAAGGAGCAUCACUGAAGGGGUUUCAGUCCAAGUCAUAUCAGAUGGAAAUGGAUGAAGACAGCAUUAGGAAGAGGAAGGAGUCGCAGAACGGCUCCACCGGCCACAGCAUUGACUCUCAUGCUCAAGACAAACAGCUGAUGAAGGCCACUGUGCUUCAAAAAGAUGUCGGUUUGGUGAGUGGCACCUGUCUGAUUGUGGGGACUAUGAUCGGCUCAGGGAUCUUCAUCUCUCCUAAGUCUGUUCUGCUGUACUCCGGAGCUGUGGGACCCUGCCUCCUCAUCUGGGCUGCCUGUGGCGUGUUAGCCACUCUGGGGGCACUGUGCUAUGCCGAGCUUGGCACCAUGAUCACCAAAUCGGGGGGAGACUAUUCAUAUUUAAAUGAGGCUUUUGGACCCCUCGUAGCCUACCUUUACUCCUGGACUACUGUCAUGGUGUUGAAGCCCUCCUCCUUUGCCAUCAUCACACUGAGCUUUGCAGAAUACGCCUCCACUCCUUUCUACCCCGGCUGCACUCCUCCCCUUAUAGUAACCAAGUGUCUGUCAGCAGCAGCUAUAGUGAUAAUCGUCUCAGUCAACUGUUUCAGUGUCAGACUGGCAACGUAUUUGCAGAACUUCUUCACUGCAGCCAAACUUUUCAUUAUUUCCGUCAUAGUGGUAGCUGGCAUUGUUCUGUUGGCUCAAGGAAACACUGUGACUUUGUCAAAUGCAUUUAAUGGCACAUCAUCAUCGUUUGGAGCAUAUGGACUGGCGUUUUAUAAUGGGCUUUGGGCUUAUGAUGGAUGGAAUCAACUGAAUUUCAUCACAGAGGAACUGAAAGACCCCUACAGGAAUUUGCCUCUCGCCAUUCUCAUUGGGAUCCCCCUGGUUUCUGUGUGCUACAUGUUGGUCAACGUUGCUUACUUCACUGCUAUGACCACCACUGAACUGCUGUUGUCUCCAGCCGUUGCUGUGACGUUUGGAGACAGAGUCCUUUACCCUGUGUCAUGGAUCAUUCCUCUCUUUGUUGUCUUCUCCACAUUUGGUUCUGCCAAUGGAAGCUGCUUCACUGCUGGCCGACUGGCCUACGUAUCUGGUAGAGAGGGUCACAUGGUGAAAAUUUUAUCCUAUAUUAGUCUAAAGCGCUACACCCCAUCGCCUGCUCUCAUUUUCAACGGUCUUUUGGCUAUUUUCUACAUCAUCCCAGCAGACAUCAACACUCUCAUUAACUACUUCAGCUUUGCUCAGUGGGCGUUUUACGGUCUGACAUCACUGGCUCUCAUAGUGAUGCGAUUCACCAGGAAGGAGCUCCAUAGACCGGUGAAGGUUCCGAUUGUCCUGCCAUGCCUAAUAGUGCUGGUGUCGUGCUACUUGGUCCUGGCCCCCAUCAUUGAUAAGCCAGAACUGGAAUAUCUCUACUGUGCCAUCUUCAUCUUCGGGGGAUGUCUCCUCUACUACCCUUUCGUCCACCUGAAGGUGAAAUGGGCCCGAAGACUCAUUAGGCCCAUUACUAUGCAUCUGCAGCUACUGAUGGAGGUAGUUCCUGCUGAGAAAACUGAAUGAGGAGGGACAACCAGGUCAACUUCUGUUGCUUGUCGCGAAACAUGUCAGGCCUGCUUUAGAAAACAGUGGACUGGUCCUGUGGCAGCCGGAGCUUAGUCAAAAUGCGGAGCUGACAUUUCUUGAAUGUCAGCUGUGUGACAAAGGUAAAAGUAUUGUGUUCAUGAACUUGUUUACCAGUAUACUUAUGUAUAUAAUUACUGAAAGAGAGCCAGAUUGACCGUAUUCUGAUGAUGUCUGUCUUCAUACAAAGAGGCAAUUAAAAACAAUUUGUGAUUCCAGAAAAUCGCAGCUGAUUCA